AUGGCUAAUUUAUCUACAAGCGGGUUUCUUCUCAUGGGCUUUUCUGCCAAGCCUGAGCUAGAAAUCGUCUAUGCUUGUCUAUUCCUCGUUCUCUACAUGUUGGCUUUAGCUGGCAACAUGCUCAUCAUCACCACCACGUCCCUGGAUGACAGUCUCCAGUCCCCCAUGUAUUUCUUCCUGAAGCAUCUCUCCUUGCUGGAUCUCUGCUACAUUUCCGUGACUGUCCCAAGGUUCAUUUGCAAUUCGUUCAUGCAUAGAAGAAAUAUUUCCCUCUGGGAAUGCAUCCUGCAGUGUUUUGCUUUUGCGGUUUGUGGAUCCGCUGAGAUGUCCAUGCUCACGGUGAUGUCCUAUGACCGCUACGUGGCCAUCUGCAUGCCCCUGCACUAUGACGUCAUCAUGGACGUCAGAACCUGUGUCCAUGGAGUUGCCAGUGUCUGGGUGAGUGGGGCCAUCUCUGGAGUCAUGCAUACGGCAGCUACUUUCUCCAUCCGCUUCUGUGGCCCCCGCAUCAUUCACCAGUUCUUCUGUGACAUCCCCCAGCUCCUGAGACUCUCCUGCUCCAAUGACUAUAUCGGCGAGGUCGGUGUCUCUGCCUUUGUGUCUAUUCUAGCACUCGUUUGUUUUAUUUUUAUUGGGUUCUCCUACGUGCACAUAUUCUCUUCCGUGCUGCGGAUGCCAUCUGCUGAGGGCAGAGCCAAGGCCUUUUCCACUUGCCUCCCCCACCUCGUUGUUGUUAUUUUAUUUCUUUCUACUGGCACCUUUGAGUUUUUGAAGCCCCAUUCUGACACUCCCACUGCUCUGGACCUUCUGCUGACUAUUCUCUAUACGGUUGUUCCUCCAACGUUCAAUCCCGUGAUCUAUAGCCUGAGAAAUAAAGCUAUAAAAACAGCUCUAAGAAAGGUUUUUAAAAGAAGAAAAUCAUUCUUUUUUUCUUGA